GCACAACAACAUCAUCCACCACCCCCAAACCAAACAACCCAAUUCCAAAUCAAACAUCUGUGUCUUGUCCUCAAACAAACAUGCCAACCCUGUCCAAUUGCUACACCAUGCAAGAUGCAUCUCUCCACAGCACCAAAGACGAUUGCUGGAUCGUUGUCGACGGAAAGGUGUAUGAUGUGACACAAUAUUUGGAUGACCACCCUGGUGGAGAUGAUGUAAUCCUUGGUGCAACUGGAAAAGAUGCAACAGAUGAAUUUGAAGAUGCUGGCCACAGCAAAAGUGCAAGAGAACUUAUGGAGCAGUACUGUAUUGGUGAGCUUGAUACAUCAUCUCCUAUUUCCACCAAGAAACAUUUUUCUGAAAACUUCAUGCAGCUGACAAAGCAAUACUGGGCUGUUCCAGUAGCAGUAGUUGGUAUCUCAAUCGUAGUUGGUUUCUUAUACUUGCGUAGGAAGUGACAAUACACUAGUCUGCAAUUCAAUUAUUGUUAUUGUUGGCACUGAAAAUGAAUCAUUGCAACAAAUUUUGAAUUUUUUUGAAGGGUAAUUGUUAUGAG